UCUUGUACUAUAAAUACCUAGCAUAUAAUCCCUAUGCUUUGCAAUACAACACAUUUAGGAAUAUAUAGCAAAAGAUAUGAUGAAGUUGAACUCUAUUUGCGUGUUUGUGUUUGCUCUUUUUCUUGUCAUCUCAGCCUUCGCCGCUGAUACAUCUCAAGAUGAGAAGAACAAGGAAUUUGUAAAUUCCAAAGCAAACCAGGGGACAGCAGAACCGGAAGGCUAUGGCUAUGGAUCUGGCGGAAAAGGCGGGUAUAACUACGGUUGGGGAGGACAUGGUGGUGGCGGUGGCGGGGGUGGGGGAGGACAUGGUGGCGGCGGUGGCGGUUGGAGUGGAGGAGGUGGCGGAUGCAAGCAUGGUUGCUGUGGACACGGAUACGGAGGGGGGUGCAAGUCUUGUUGCCACAGCGCUGAAGAAGCAAUGUCCUACCUGAAGAAUAUCCAAGAUGCCCAGCAGCCUUGAGCUCUACGUAUAUUAUGUUCUUAGGGUUACGUUUAUUAUAUACAGAAUAUAGUGUGUCGUGUAUACUUAUAAACUGUGAUGUUGCAUGUAAGCUACAACCCUUGUAGCUCUAAUAAGUAUAUUCAUAAUAAGACGGAGUAAUAAUAAUAACAAUAAUGGUUUGCUUGCUUA